CACACCAAAACGUAAAGAGGUGCUGUGUUUCAGACUGUUUAAGUGUAGGUUUUCGUCCGCCUGACACAGAUUUUAGCAAGAAAGGCAACAAGAGGUGGCACUCGCAGUCCAGGAUAUCCAAGAUGGCGGCAAGUCUGAACCUACGACCCAAAAAUUUCAACGGUCGACUUUACCUUGACUUCACUAACAAACGUCUGACGUCCAUUCCGGAACAAGUGUUCGACAUCACUGACUUGGAAUAUCUAGACCUGUCCAAAAACAAGCUGACCACCAUCCACGAAUCCAUCGGCCGUCUACAGAAACUCUACCGUUUGGAUGCAGACGACAACAAGCUUACAAGUUUGCCUCAGAAAAUAGCUUCUCUGCAGAACUUAGAAGAACUGUACCUCCAAACUAACACUCUUACCGAGCUACCAAGCGAGGUAGGCGAGCUGAAAAAGCUUGGAUGGCUAUACAUCAACGACAACCAACUCGUGACGCUUCCAGCAAGCAUUUGCUCUCUACGAAAUCUCAAGAUGUUGGUAGCGAGCAACAAUGAACUUUCAGAACUGCCCGCUGGAUUUGAGCAACUACAAAACCUGACCAAACUCUACGUUGGUGGUAACAAGUUAACCGAACUUUCAUCUGGUGUUUGUUCUCUCCAACAUCUUGAGACCGUCGUUGUCAGUAACAACAAACUGUCAACCUUGCCAGAAGGAGUAGAAAGGCUGAAGAAUUUGACGGAACUGUACAUUGACGGCAAUCAGUUCCGAGAGCUUCCGCUAGGGGUCUGCUCCUUGUCGAACCUCGAAGUGUUGGUGGUGGGCCCCAACCCGAUCAGAUUUCUGCCUGAUGAGAUCAAAAACCUCAUCAGGCUAAAAUCUCUCACCAUCAUCUCCUGUCAAUUUGAGGAGUUUCCGAGACCGGUACUGAAGCUGAGGUCUCUUGAGCAACUGUUUGCAGGACAAGAAGGCGAGUUUCGUUUCAGAAGCGUUCCAGAGGAGAUUGGAGACCUCGAGCAGCUGCGAUAUCUGGCGUUGUCCAACAACAAACUCAGCGCCCUUCCUCCAACAAUGGACAAGCUGAAACGGCUUCGAGACGUCUACCUCUACGAAAACAAGUUCAAAACCUUCCCAGAGGUUCUCUGCAGUCUGCCUAAGCUCAUGGUCGUUGACAUAAGGAAUAACCGUAUCAGUAAGAUCCCCAGUUCCCUCUCCCAUCUAAGCCGUCUGAAACGGCUAGUGGUUGCUGGUAACCCCCUAAAAUACCCUCCCGCAGACGUCUGUGAGAAAGGAAGUGAUGACAUCUUGGCCUUCCUCAAAGAUGAAGCUGAGAAAGAAGAGGAUCUAAAGAGAGCCUUCUGCCGCUUGGCUUUGACCGUGGACCGACUACAGAUCAAACCAACGGCCCGUCUUUUGGGACUAAGCGAUGACGUCAUCGAUCAAAUACAGGAGGAGCAUCCGGACGACCAGAUGUACCAGAUGCUGAUGACGUGGAAGGAGAAGAAAGGGUCAGAGGUCACGAUGGACAGUCUUGGGGGAACCUUGGAGGAGCUGGGUCUAUACGAGCUGGCAUCUGCCUUAAAACCAGAAAAGCCUGGCGCUUCUCUAAAGGAUGAGAACGAUGGUUCGUCAGUUCGCAAACGACCCACACCGACCGCGCGGGUUCAACCAAUCGUCCGAUCGGAAGAGAUAACCGUGAAGGAGAACGCGGUUUUCCUGUCAUACCAGUGGGACCACCAGGACCAGGUACUGCUGCUGCACGAUCGCCUGCAGGAGCGAGGCUAUGGAUGCUGGAUGGACAUCAAGCAGAUGGGAGGAGGGGACAGUCUGUAUCAGAUGAUGGACAAGGGCAUCAGGGAGGCCAAGGUCGUGGUCAGCUGCGUGACGCCCCCUUACGUCGAGUCCCCGAACUGCCAAGACGAAGUUGCGCUUGCGCGGACCCUGAAGAUGCCGAUCAUCCCCGUGAUGCUGGAGAAGACAACAUGGCCGCCGCCAGGGCCCAUGUCUAUUCCAUUCGCGCAGCUCCUCUACAUCAACAUGACCAAAAGUCAGGAUGACGACCCGUGGAAGGGCGCUCUGUUUGAGGAACUGAUCAGAAUGAUUGAGUAUUUCGUGCUUGAUUCUAAGGAAGAAAGUGAUGAGUACUCAAGCUCUGCACUAUUCGGACCUGUAAAAGUAAACACAAUCCUUUUCUUAAGAAAACCAUCAAGACAAAUACAGCAAUCCAAAAUGGCGGCAGCUCUAAACCUACGGCCCAAGAAGGUCAAAGGUGGACUCCAGCUGGAUCUGAGUAACAAGGGCCUGGCGUCUGUCCCGGAUGAGGUGUUUGCCAUCACCGAUCUUCAGUAUCUUCACCUCAACAACAACCGCCUGACCAGAAUCCCUGAAGCCAUCGGUCGUCUGCGGAAACUCCGCCGUUUGGACGCCUUCGACAACCUGCUGACAAGUCUACCACAAGCGACCAUAUCCCUGAUGGAGUUAGAGGAACUAUACGUCUAUAACAACAAACUGACUGAACUACCUGAUGGCAUGGACGUCUUACAGAAACUGGAACGGUUGCUAGUAAGAGAUAACAAGUUAGAAGAGAUUCCGACAGAGAUUUGCUCUCUGUACAAUCUCAAGAUGUUUGACGCAAGUAGAAACAAACUUUCAUCCCUACCCCCUGGCUUAGAAAAGAUGCAAAGCUUGACAAAACUGUGUCUUAGUGGUAAUCAGAUAACAGAGGUUCCAUUGGGGGUUUGUGGUCUGUCGAAUCUUGAGGAGUUAAGCGUUGGGUCAAACCCUAUCAGACGCCUUCCCGAUGACUUUAGUCACCUCGGUCGGUUGAAGACACUGGAUGUUGUCGACUGUCAGUUUGAUGAGUUCCCCAGACAGGUGCUGCAGUUGAAGGCACUGGAAGAACUCUACGCAGGACAAGCAAAAGGCAAGAAGUUCUUCGUGCUUCCAGACGAAGUUGGAGGCUUGGAGCACCUGUCAUUGCUGUCGCUGUCCAAAAACCGCCUCAGGACCCUCCCAAGCACCAUCAGUCGCCUGCAUAAAUUAUGCAAAAUCAGCCUACGUCACAACGAGUUUGAAACCUUCCCAGAAGUCCUGUGUAAACUACCGGAAUUGGAGGUAGUAGACGUAAGGGAUAAUCUCAUCACCAGUCUUCCGACUACUCUGGAGAAGGCAGCGAAACUGAAGGACCUCGAUGUGUCGGGAACCCCCCUGACAUAUCCUCCAAGGAACGUCUGUCGCCAAGGAACCGACGCCAUCAUGGCGUUCUUAAAACAGGAUGCGGAAAAAGAAAACGCACUUCUGCGUAAGGAGUUCAGCCGUCUCUCCCUCCUCAAGGUGGACCCUGCACAGAUCAAGGCGAUUGGUCGCUCCCUCGGUCUGAGUGAUUCAGCUAUAAAGUACAUCCAGGAAAGGUUCCCUGACGAUGUCCUGUACCAAGUCCUGAUGACAUGGAGAGAUCUGGAGGGGGCUGAAGCUACACUGGACAGGCUGGAGGCAACACUCAACAAACUGGGGCUGUCUGAACUGACCGAGACUUCUGACCAGUCAAUACGGCUUCUUAUAAUGGCUUAG